CAGUCGGCAUUGUCGCUGAUCUCGCACACGUAACGCCGUGCGUGGUCGCACGAGGGAGGGGAGCAAGCGCCGCUCGCAGCCGCGAAGCGGCGCGAGCACGAGGAGAUUAUGACUGGAGACCGACGUAGGAGAGCCCACGCGCGCGUGGCUGCCGGCCGGUCGACGAGUUCGUUGGGUGGAUGCUGCCGCCCGGAGAGUCGUGCAAGAUGUGACGCCGAUACGCGAGCGGGAGGGGAGACUAUGACUGCAGUCACCACCGGUCGUCCCGCCGGCGGCGCCGUCGUAGGCCAGAUGCCACGUAUACACCGCGUGAACAGAUUUGACAUGCCGUUCCCCCCUCUCCCUUCACGCCGCAGCCCAGCACGCCCCAGGAUAGGGGAGACCAUGCCGGUACGUCGCAAGGGCCUCACCUUGAUGUUCAAUCCCUCCCCACGAAGGACUCGAGCUCAAGCGCCCCUCAUCGCCGCACUCCAUUUUCGCACCUCUGCCAACACCCUUCAACUCAAGCAACUCAAGUAUUUCGACGAGAAUACUAAAUUUCGACCGUCGAGCGGAUUAUUGAAAUACAGGACCCCUCAUCGCCGCAUUCCACGCCACUCGACGACUCGGAGCCGAUGGAUGAAGGGAUGCGACACCCCCUCCCCCUCGACGCACUGCCCUCCCCCAUCACCCCACCACCCCAUCCUUGCAUUUCAGAAUCAAGCUCGGUCGACGACGUUACGCAAGGCAGGGGACGAGAGGGGGGAAGCGCACUCUCCCCUCGUCGAGAGAUGCUGUAAACUCACCGCUGCCACGGCCGAACGUCGACGAGGAAAUCCCCGACUUCGAAGGGUGGGGUGGGGUGGGGUGGGGGUGGGGGGAUUCCCCACCCACUUAACUCGUCUGUACUACCCAAGCCAGUAGCGCGCACCCCUCGGCCCCCAAGAUGAAACGGCAGGCAGGGGAGGGGGUUGUGAGGAGGGUGGGAUAAGACUGCCGUCCCCUCGGACAACGGUGGCGCGCAGCAACGCGCUCUUUUCGCGAACACGAA